AGAAAUCUCGCGGGUAAAAAUGGUGAAACUCGACGACAAAAAUAAAAAAUUCAAAGGGAAGAAGAAGGUUAAAAAUGUGUUGGAGAAAAAGGCAAAAGGAUUAAAACUCAACAAAGUAGACAGAAAGCGAAUUGUUAAGAUUGAAGAAAAAGCAGCGUUAAAAAGCAAAGUAGACAAAGCUGUGAAGGACGAGUUGGAAAGGUUGAAAAAGUCAUCUUCAACAUCAGUUUUUGAUAAUGAUGGGACUCGUGACUCUUUGUGCUCGGAGUCUUCGUUCGGAAGCCAGCCAGCACCGAAAAAGAAAUCGAAAAAAGUGCUUUUCUCAGGAGAACUUGAACAUGUUAAGGUUUUCGAUAAGCGAGUUCAGGAUCUUCAAAUCAAACCAUCAGAGGCAUCUCCAGGAAGAGGAAUUCUCAGAUCCCCUCUUGAUAAGAAGGUUAAGAAACUUGCCAAAGUGAAGACUGUCAAAGUUGCUCAGGAAGAAGAAGAAGAGCAUUCCGCUCCCCCAAAGAAAAAAGUGAAGGUUAAUGCAGAGAAAGCCGUUGCUUCUGAGCCAGCAGACGAUGAAAAUUUGGAAUCUGUCGACGAACAAGCAGGUGGAGAUGAAUCUCAUAUUGACAUUCCAACUCUAAAGAGAAAGAGAGUAGCUAUUCAAGUCACAAAGUCUGUUAAAGAACAAUUGCUGAAUAUGCCGAGAAAAGAAAGAAAAGCAUUUUUGAAGGAGUUGAAAUUGAAGAGAAAACCUGAAGGAGCUCGUGCUCAAAAAUGCAAGGAACUUUGGGAAAAGAUCAGAAUGGGAAAGACGCCAAAAGCUGAAAAGGAUACUGCGGUUCACGAGUUGUAUGGUCUUGUAAAAGGACACGCUGCCAAGCUGAUCUAUGCUCACGACACCAGCAGAGUUAUCGAAUGUCUUGUUGCCACUGAAAGAGAAGGAAUCAUUAACAACUUGUUCAACGAAUUAACCCCAGAAAUAGUGAGGAUGUCAAAGAACGUCUAUUCCAAAUUUUUCGUCAAGAAAAUGUUGAAGAAUGGAACUAAAGAACAACGUGAUAUUAUCAUUAAUGCAUUCCGCGGACAUGCUCCAACCCUGCUCAGAAUCAAACAUGCUGCCGAAGUUCUUGAAUAUGCUUACAAUGACUUCGCUAAUGCCCAUCAGCGUUACAACAUCAUUACUGAAUUUUAUGGAAAAGAAUUCAUUUUGUUCAGAGAAGACAAUAUCAGAUCUCUGACGGAGAUUCUCGCUGAAAAGCCGGAAAAGAAGGUUGUGAUUUUGAAGCAUUUGGACGAGGUUAUUGGAGCAGUGAAUGAAAAAGAAACUUUGCGACUUUCAAUUCUGCACAAACUUAUGCUCGACUUUUUCGAUAAUUGCGACGAGGAAAAGAAAAUCAAUCUCCUUGAUUCACUGAAAGAUAAAAUUCCCGAGUUCAUUCAUACUCCAGAUGGUGCCAAAUUGGCUAUUAAACUCAUUUGGUUUGCUCCAGUCAAGGAAAGAAAAUUGAUCGUCAAGAAUUUCAAGGAUUUGUCAGUAAAAGCCGCAAUGGAACAUUACGGACAUCGUGUUCUUCUUGCACUUUUUGAUACUGUCGACGAUACUGUUCUUCUCAAUAAGGUUAUUGUCUCCGAGUUGGCAAAUGAAAUGAAGAAGUUGAUCGAAGAUGAUUGGGGAGAGAAAGUUAUCCACUAUUUGGUGCAUCCAAGAGAUGGAAGAGGAAUCGACAAAAGAGAAAUUACAUUCCUUGCCGAAGGUGAUAGCAAUCCACACUCGAAGAAAACUCAAAAGGAUAGAUAUGGACAGUUGUACGCCGGUAUUACCGAGAACUUGUAUCCUUAUUUGGCUGCUAACUUCGAAGAGCUUGUUUUCGAGGCCAACAAGUCAAAAUUCGUGGCUGCAUGUCUCGAAACCACCUCAAGCUUCGAUUUGUUCGAUCGACAAGUCCCAGCAGAAGCUCGCAAGAGUUGCAACCAAGCGAUCGUUGAAUUGGCGAAGAAGGACUUUGUACCAAUGGACCAGGAAGGCUUCCACAUUAUUGAACACCAAUCGGGCAAUUUCAUUCUCAUGGCAGUCAUGCGCUGUGAUGCCGCUCUACAAGAAGAUGAACGUUUGUCAGUUGCAUUGGCAGAAGGACUUACGAGCAAGCAGCUUGGCUCGUGGGUGACUUGCAAUCGCGGUUGCCAUGUUCUCUUGAAAAUGCUUCAAGUUGGAGGACCGAAAGUUAUUGAAAAAUUGAAGGCUUCGAUCAGCAGAAAACACUUGGAUGGCUAUAACUCAAAAGGAGCAAAUCUUCUGAAGGCACAGCUCGACGGAAAUGUCAAGAAGUGAGAAUGCAAGGUAUACGAAUUAAUUUUUGUUGAUUUUAUUUGUUUUGAGGGAUUCGUCCUAUACAUCUCUAAAUACCACACCUUUUUAUUGUUCUCGUUAUUUUGUUGUUGACUUUUUUUUUAUUACUUUUUGCAUCUCGUUAAUUUUUUGAAACACCGUACGGUAAUAAAAAGGAAAAAUAUAAAAAAAA